AAAGAUCGGAGGGGCUCUUUUGGUGGGGAAGGGAGUUGCUGGCGUUCCUCGUUCCCCCUUUUUCCCGGCUUCUUUUUCGCAUCAUGGUUCCUUGGACCGGGGCGCUGCUUUGGGCUCUCCCCGGGCUGUUGCUGUCACUUUGCGCCGGAGCGGCGGCGGUGGACGUGAAAGCUCGGGGCUGCGGCGAGGUGAGGGAGGCGUACAAAGCCAAAGGAUUCAGCCUGCUCAACAUCCCCUAUCAGGAAAUCGCAGGGGAACAUUUAAGAAUCUGCCCUCAGGAAUAUACAUGCUGCACAUCAGAAAUGGAAGACAAGCUAAGCCAGCAAAGCAAACUGGAAUUUGAGAACCUGGUGGAUGAGACAAGUCAUUUUGUGCGCACAACAUUUGUGUCCAGGCACAAGAAAUUUGAUGAGUUUUUCCGAGAACUCCUGGAGAAUGCAGAGAGAUCCUUAAAUGACAUGUUUGUACGGACGUAUGGCAUGCUGUACAUGCAGAAUUCGGAGGUAUUCCAGGAUCUCUUCAUAGAACUGAAGCGAUAUUACACUGGAGGCAACGUGAACUUGGAGGAAAUGUUGAAUGACUUCUGGGCUCGGCUAUUAGAGCGAAUGUUCCAGCUCAUAAACCCCCACUAUCAUUUCUCUGAGGACUAUCUGGAGUGUGUAAGCAAAUACACAGACCAGCUUAAGCCUUUUGGGGACGUACCCAGGAAGCUGAAGGUUCAAGUGACGAGAGCCUUCAUCGCCGCGAGGACCUUUGUUCAGGGACUGACCGUAGGCAGAGAAGUUGCUAACAGGGUAUCUAAGGUCAGUCCUACCCCAGGAUGCAUCCGGGCACUAAUGAAGAUGCUGUACUGCCCUUACUGCCGGGGACUUCCCACUGUGAAACCUUGCAACAAUUACUGCCUCAACGUAAUGAAGGGCUGCCUGGCAAACCAAGCUGAUUUGGACACCGAAUGGAACCUCUUCAUAGAUGCGAUGCUUUUGGUAGCAGACCGAUUAGAGGGGCCUUUCAACAUCGAAUCAGUGAUGGAUCCUAUUGAUGUCAAGAUUUCUGAAGCCAUCAUGAACAUGCAAGAAAACAGUAUGCACGUGACAGCAAAGGUCUUUCAAGGAUGUGGACAGCCUAAACCAGCUCCAGGUUUAAGAUCCUCCCGCUCCAUUCCUGAUAACUUUAAUACCCGCUUUCGACCCUAUAACCCUGAAGAAAGGCCGACAACAGCUGCUGGUACGAGCUUGGAUCGGCUGGUCAUUGACAUUAAAGAAAAACUGAAGCUUUCCAAAAAGUUCUGGUCCACGUUACCAUACACUAUCUGCAAGGAAGAAAGUGUGACAGCUGGCCUGUCAAAUGAGGAAUGCUGGAAUGGGCAUACCAAAGCCAAAUAUCUACCAGAGAUCAUGAAUGAUGGGCUUACCAACCAGAUCAACAAUCCCGAGGUUGAUGUGGACAUCACCAGGCCUGAUACCUACAUACGGCAACAAAUAAUGGCCCUGAGGGUCAUGACAAACAAGCUCAAGAAUGCAUACAAUGGAAACGAUGUGAACUUUCAGGAUACAAGUGACGAGACCAGUGGCUCAGGAAGCGGGAGCGGUUGCACUGAUGACAUUUGUCCGACAGAGUUUGAAUUCAUCACCACGGAAGCCCCGUUCGUGGACUCGGAUAGAAGGGAAGUGGACUCUUCAGCAAGCCAUCCCAGCCAAUCAGCACUCGCAUGGUUUGCCGUCUGCCUGGUCCUCCUACUGCAACGGCAGUGUAGAUAAUCCUGGCUGUGGUCAGCGAUGACUGUCUUUAGCUCUUGAAAAACAAAACAAAACAGCCAACUUUCUCUUUUUCCCCUAUGCUCUUGGACAAUGGACCAUGCCACAAAAUAGUGCAGUUUUCUACCAGAAGAGAGUGAAGGCGCUACAACCUGCUCCCCUUUGAGCUUUCCCAAAGAGUACCAGGUGCCGGACGGAACUGUCUCCUGUUCCUUUCAGAUAGCUGUGAAGACAAUGUCCGCUCCUCAGAGAUCUCUUCCUUGCAUUUUUAUUACAGGAGACUUUUCAGAGCUUCAUUUGCUUUUAUGCUGC